GAAGCCGAAGAUUGUUUGGUACCAUUUUAGAAGCAAAUGUCUGUGUUUUGAUUGAUACAUCUGGUUCCAUGGACCCAUAUUUGCCACAUAUCGCAAAAGAACUUGCCUCCCUUAUCUGGGAACAGCUGAGAAAAAAUGAAGUCAGGUUUAACCUGCUGAGAUUUGCAGAAAAAACAGAGAGUUGGAAGGAGUGUCUUGUAGAAGCAACUGAUGAAACGUGUCAUGAUGCUGUGCAGUGGGUGUCCAAAUUCCACGCUCAUGGUAAUACAUGCAUCCUUAUGGCUUUACAGAAGGCUCUCAGUUUCCAAGGUAUAGAGGCACUGUAUGUAUUGACUGAUGGAAAACCAGACACCAGUUGCAGUCUGAUUUUGGAAGAAAUUGAAAGACUGAGAAAGAAACAAGAUAUUAAAAUCCACACCAUUUCUUUUAGCUGUACAGACAGAGGAGCUAAUGAAUUUCUGAAGAAGCUUGCUUCCCAAACGGGAGGGCGCUACCAUUGCGGUUUUGGAGAUGUGGAUGGACAAUUAGCAGCACACAGAAUGUUGACAGAGGGGCUUUAUAAUGAAGAUGAUCCAGUUUUCCCUUACUUUGAAGGAGAUGAUUUAAAGAAACUUACUCAAGAAGUAGCAAAAGCUAGAAGUUUCUUAAAGCAGGCAAAAUCUUUGAGUAGAGAAAGAGUUGAUGAUUCAGAAUUCAUCAGACAUGCAAACACGUCGUAUCUUGUUGCUGAUAAAGCCUGGUUAUGUUUGUAUAACCAGACACUGCCAGUCUUCUAA